UGUGGGUUCCACAGAGUCCUCCGUUUUUCCUUGGUUUCCUGCCAUAUCUUUCAACAGACUGACCAAUCCAUGAGAGUCACUACACUCAGACGUGGAACUCUGCGACAUUCUCCAAUGUUAUGUGAAGUCAAUAAGGAAACCUCCGUCCGCCACACCCACGAAAAUAAUAAUAAACACGAAGAAAUUGGAACUUGCAAAUCUCGGAAGAGCUUUAUGAUAGGAUUUACUCAACCUUUGCGUCCCGUUAGCAAUAAUAAUAAUAAUAAUAAUCGUUAUUCAUAUUCCUGCUUUGCAACUACCAGUACUUGUUCCAGUUUCAUCUCAUACCGAAAUGUAUCUUUGCGAACUCAAUUUCGGGUACCUGUUUUUCCUUUUGUUGUGUUGUGUAGUGCCAAUUCUUUUUAUGACUUUAUGGUGGAACCUGUUCCUGGAGAUGAACUAGCACGGACUAUCAGCUGCAACGGAAAAGUUUCAUUGAAAAGUCUAGUAGCAACAGGACUGGUGGAUGGAGCUGCAAGGAUUCAGGAAACAAAACCUGUUGCUACUGCUGCCUUGGGACGAACACUUAUCUGUGCUCUGUUACUAAGUGCCGGAAAGAAGAGCGAUGAAACGGUAAAUAUAGAAUUCCGAGGAAGUGGUCCUUUGAGGACGGUAGUUGCCGUUGCAGAUGGUUUGGGUCAAGUUCGAGGUUAUGUAGGUGACAGAAAUGUGGAUCUCCCACCAAACAGAAAAGGCAAGUUGGAUGUCAGCAGAGCAAUAGGUGAAGGGAUAGUAAGGGUUACUAGAAACCACUAUACUUGGAAGCAGCCUUACCAAGGUCUCACACGUAUUGUUUCUGGUGAAGUUGCCGAGGACAUUGCCAACUACCUUUAUCAAAGUGAACAAAUUUUCUCUGCAGUGGCUGCAGGAGUUUUCGUCAAACCAGAUGGCUCAGUUUCUGCUGCCGGAGGUUAUUUGGUGCAGUUGCUUCCGGGAGCUUCAGAAGAAACUCUAAAAUUAUUAGAAGAAACACUUUAUUCAUUAGAGUACAGUCCAACAGAAAUGAUUCGCUUAGGUAUGAACUCCACAGAUAUCGUGAACAAACUUGCAGAAGGAUUGAAUAUUCAACAAGUUCAUAAAAGUAGACCUUUGUAUCGUUGUCAUUGCAGUAUCGACCGCGUUGAAAGAACUGUUGCUCUGCUACCAAAAGAUGAAAUUGAUCAACUAGUUGCAUCCAUUGGUACAUUGCAAGUGAAAUGUGAGUUUUGUAAUCGAACGUAUCAAUUGACGCCUCCCGAAAUAGAACAAAUCUAUCAAGACAGAAAGUAAAUGAUCUGUACAUUGUUUGCUUAUGUA